CAAGGGUGUGACAGACAUUAUUAAAAACCCUAAAAAGCAAAAGCAAGCUUGACUCUGUAUUUCUCUCCAUCCGAUCUGACCAUCUGAUACUGUUUACUCUCGGAAAAGCUCUAAACCCCAUUUUCAACUUGUAAUUUUCGAAUAACAACUCUUGAUCUUCAUUAUAGUUGGUCUGAAGAGCUUCUCCGAGUGGCUGAUACAAUGAUGGGACGAGGAGGAGGAGGAGGAGGUGGGCGAGACCGGUUCCGGAGGGAGUAUCAGCCCCGAAUGGAGGAGAGGAACAUAGGUCAUUCUUCUGGGUCUGGUGGGCGUUAUGGGGGUGGUGGUAGUGGCAGAGGCGGAGGUUUCUUCAACAAGAGCAAUGCCCCGCCAUCGAGACACCUCUGGGUUGGGAACCUUGCUCAUGGUUUAAUGGAGGAUGAGUUGACCCACCAUUUCUUACGGUUUGGUGACCUCGAAAGUGUGGCUUUUCAACCAGGUCGUAGCUAUGCCUUCCUUAACUUUGUUAGGGAUGAAGACGCAAUCGACGCCAUUGAAGCUCUUCAAGGCUUUCCUCUUGCGGGCAACCCACUUAGGAUUGAGUUUGCUAAGGCGGAUAAGUCACCGGCACCAUUACAUGAUGAAGAUCGCUCUCAGUACCGAGAUGAGCAAUACUCUGGAGCAAGAGAAUCUCCUUAUUUACAGAAGGAGUUUAGAGCUCGUCAUGCUCGUUCUGACCAAAUUUAUGCUGACGAUUCUAGUAUGGAUGAUAAGAAUGCAGAACCUAGUCCUGUUUUAUGGGUAGGGUUUCCAGCUUCACUAAUGGUAGAUGAAACAAUUUUAAGGAGAGCAUUCUCACCAUUUGGUGAGAUUGAGAAAAUUACUGCAUUUCCAGGUCGUAGUUAUGCUUUUGUACGAUUCAGGAGUGUAAUAUCAGCUUGUGAAGCUAAAGAUACUCUUCAUGGUAAACUAUUCGGAAAUCCUCGUGUACAUAUUUGUUUUGCGAAGAGUGAAAGUGGCUCAAACAACGGAAGGAGUUCUUUAAAUAUGUCUCCAUCCCCACAAUUUAAGUCAAAUGGUCGCCAUGGAUCUUCUGAACAUUUUUGGCAGGAUAGGAAGUUUGGGAACUCAACUGGUGAUCCAUACACUAGAUCUCCUCAACAUUACUCUAAUUUGGAUUCUGGUGAUUUCGAUCCCUAUAGUUCAAGUAGAAAGGGUAAUUUAUGGAUGGGUGGAAAUAGUAUAGCCGAGCAGAGGAGAUUUGGGGAAGUAGGGCCUGAAUUUACACAGUCUCAAGAUAUGUACGAAUAUCAGAAUAGUCCAAGAGGUAAACGUGGCCAUUUACAUGAUUUCCAUCAGAGGUUUCAGCAGACAAGUACAUUAAAUGAAGAACCAUGGGACUUGCCAGAAGAUGUUCAUUAUUCUCAUGGAGCCAAGAAAUUAAAGACUGGAUAUUAUCCAUCAGAAAAAGAGCUUCCUGAAUAUCCUUUCUUGGACCAAGAACAUGAGAGACAUGUUUUCCCUGGUCAAUUCUCUGAUUCAUCCCAAGCUGAUCGCUCAAAUAGAAAAUUUGCUGCCGGACCUUUCAGUGAUAAGCAGAGCUAUGAUCGCACUUUGAAUGCUCCACCUCAGAGAGAAAGGAGUAAUCACUGGAAAGAAUCUUAUGACAGCCCCCAGCUAGGAUCUGGUUCUUUGCUAUUGAAUUCUGUUGAAGAGAAACGAUUGACCCCUGAAUCAGGUCUUCCUUCUCUUAAUGAGUGGAAAUGGGAGGGAACUAUUGCUAAGGGAGGAACACCUGUCUGUCGAGCUCGAUGCUUUCCUGUUGGAAAGGUCCUUGACAUUAUGUUGCCUGAAUUUUUAGAUUGCACUGCCAGGACUGGGUUAGACAUGCUUUCAAAGCAUUAUUAUCAAGCAGCAAAUGCCUGGGUUGUCUUUUUUGUCCCUGAGAGUGAUUCUGAUAUUGGAUUUUACAAUGAGUUUAUGCAUUAUUUGGAGGAGAAAGAACGUGCUGCAGUUGCCAAGUUAGAUGAGAAGACAACCUUGUUCCUUGUGCCCCCAUCAAAUUUCUCAGAGAAAGUACUGAAGGUACCUGGAAAACUUAGUAUCUCUGGUGUUAUCUUGAGGUUAGAACAUCCUGAUUCUAAUGCAGGUCCUUUUCACCGACAACACGAAAGAGAAGAUGGAAAUUUGUUGUCAUUUCCUGGGAAUGCAUCAUAUCCGAAACCAUCAACACCUUCUCAUUCUAAUAAUUCACAGAAAUAUUUUCCCGGAAAUGUGAAACCUGCUGUUUCUAGUUCAUCCCGUGUUGGUAGUAGAUCGGACAAUUUUCCUGAAAACAGGCACGAAUUUCCACAUCAUGGAGAUCCUAGGCAGAACUGGCCUUCUUCCCAUAUGCAGAACUCAUUUUCUGGCACUAAAACUGUAUCAUCUCAAGCGCUUGUUGGUGCUGCUGAUGAAAUAAUUCAGCGACAACCACCAGUCAGGACAAGAGCGACGCAAGAAACAAAUUCCAGUUACUCAACAAGCGGAGCUUCAGGUUUUCCGGUAUCUGAAAAUAACAGACCAUCUCUACAGGAUAUUGCUGGUCUGCAACCAGAGCAACUUGUACAGUUAGCAUCAUCUCUUCUUGGGCAGAAGCAGUUAGGGAGUCUACCAAACACAUUAACUGAAAACGAUUCAAGGCAGGAUAGCUCAAGAUCCCAGAAUCAUGGUUUACAUAAUAAUCAGAUGAAUUCUAUGUUGUCAACAUCUCAGCAUGGUCAAUUUCAACAGAUGCAGCAAGUACCAAAUGUAUCAUCAGCUGUGCCUCACUUGGUUCAGAGGGAUAAUAGGCCUCAGGAAAAUCAACACCAGCAGAGUAGUAGUAGUACACAGGAAGCAGACUCGGAUCCGCAAAAACGCUUACAAGCAACUUUACAACUUGCAGCCACUCUUCUUCAGCAAAUCCAAGGGAAAGGAAGUUAGAAAGUUUGAUGGACAUGCUGCUACCAUAGUAUAUACUCACAACUGCAGUGAAACUAUAAAUAUUUGGCAAUAUAUUUAAAUUAGCCACUCCAAUCUAGUCAUACCUUCUAUAGUUCGUAACUUUUAUUUUUAUUAUAGUAGUUGCUUAUACUGGAUUUUUGUGACUGCUGGCUGCUUAAUUGCAAACACCUAAAUUAUGACUUGCCCUUUUUUUUUUUGUCUCAAUCUUUCAUUAUGAUAAAUAAAUUCACAAUGCCUAGACAUUGCUAUGGCUCUAAUGGCUGAUUAGAGCAAUACCUUCAAUUCAAUUGUAAUGCUUUCAAAUUAGUGUAUAAUUUUUAAUUUAUUAUUUUAUUUCA